AUGGGGGCGGGGAGAAGCCCUCUAAGGCCCGAACAAAAGCCGGAUCCCGGGCGGCUGCGGGAGGCUGGCGCGCUCCGGCUAGUGGGCGUUAGUUCAGGGCCUCUGUGGAGGGAGCGCGGCGCACGGACUUUCUCAGAGGUUGAGCAGGUCCCUCUGCAGCCAUGUCGGCCAAGGCGAUUUCAGAGCAGACGGGCAAAGAACUCCUUUACAAGUACAUCUGCACCACCUCGGCCAUCCAGAACCGGUUCAAGUACGCCCGGGUCACCCCUGACACAGACUGGGCCCAUCUGCUGCAGGACCACCCCUGGCUGCUCAGCCAGAGCUUGGUGGUCAAGCCAGACCAGCUGAUCAAACGGCGUGGAAAGCUGGGCCUAGUUGGAGUCAACCUCACUCUGGAUGGAGUCAAAUCCUGGCUGAAGCCACGGCUGGGACAGGAAGCCACGGUGGGCAAGGCCAGAGGCUUCCUCAAGAACUUCCUGAUAGAACCUUUUGUCCCGCACAGCCAGGCGGAGGAGUUCUACGUCUGCAUCUACGCCACCCGCGAGGGGGACUACGUCCUGUUCCACCAUGAGGGGGGCAUGGACGUGGGCGAUGUGGACACCAAGGCGCAGAAACUGCUUGUUGGGGUGGACGAGAAGCUGAAUCCUGAGGACAUCAAGAAACGCCUACUGGUCCGUGCCCCUGAAGACAAGAAAGAAAUCCUGGCCAGCUUUAUCUCUGGCCUCUUCAAUUUCUACGAGGAUCUCUACUUCACGUACCUCGAGAUCAACCCCUUGGUUGUGACCAAAGAUGGCGUCUAUGUCCUUGACUUGGCGGCCAAGGUGGAUGCCACUGCGGACUACAUCUGCAAAGUGAAGUGGGGCGACAUAGAGUUUCCUCCCCCCUUUGGGCGGGAGGCGUAUCCGGAGGAAGCUUACAUUGCAGACCUAGAUGCCAAAAGUGGGGCAAGCCUGAAGCUGACCUUGCUGAACCCCAGAGGGAGGAUCUGGACCAUGGUGGCCGGAGGUGGUGCCUCUGUCGUGUACAGUGACACCAUCUGUGACCUGGGGGGUGUCAAUGAGCUGGCAAACUACGGGGAGUACUCGGGCGCCCCCAGUGAGCAGCAGACCUACGACUAUGCCAAGACGAUCUUGUCCCUCAUGACCCGCGAGAAACACCCAGACGGCAAGAUCCUCAUCAUCGGAGGCAGCAUCGCGAACUUCACCAACGUGGCCGCCACGUUCAAGGGCAUCGUGAGAGCGAUUCGAGAUUACCAGGGCCCACUGAAGGAGCAUGAGGUCACGGUCUUUGUCCGAAGAGGUGGCCCCAACUAUCAGGAGGGCUUACGGGUGAUGGGAGAAGUUGGGAAGACCACUGGGAUCCCCAUCCACGUGUUUGGCACCGAGACUCACAUGACGGCCAUUGUGGGCAUGGCCCUGGGCCACCGGCCCAUCCCCAAUCAGCCACCCACAGCCGCCCACACCGCGAACUUCCUCCUCAACGCCAGUGGGAGCACAUCGACUCCAGCCCCCAGCAGGACUGCGUCUUUUUCUGAGUCCAGGGCUGAUGAGGUGGCACCUGCGAAGAAGGCCAAGCCCGCUGUGCCUCAAGAUUCAGUCCCAAGUCCAAGAUCCCUGCAAGGAAAGAGUGUCACCCUCUUCAGCCGCCAUACCAAGGCCAUUGUGUGGGGCAUGCAGACCAGGGCUGUGCAAGGCAUGCUCGACUUUGACUACGUCUGCUCCCGGGACGAGCCCUCGGUGGCUGCCAUGGUCUACCCGUUCACUGGGGACCACAAGCAGAAGUUUUAUUGGGGCCACAAGGAGAUCCUGAUCCCCGUCUUCAAGAACAUGGCUGAUGCCAUGAAGAAACACCCAGAGGUAGACGUGCUGAUCAACUUCGCCUCCCUUCGCUCUGCCUAUGACAGUACCAUCGAGACCAUGAAUUAUGCACAGAUCCGGACCAUUGCCAUCAUAGCUGAAGGUAUCCCUGAGGCCCUCACAAGGAAGCUGAUCAAGAAGGCCGACCAGAAGGGCGUGACCAUCAUUGGACCUGCCACUGUGGGAGGCAUCAAGCCCGGGUGCUUUAAGAUCGGGAAUACAGGUGGAAUGUUGGACAACAUCCUGGCCUCCAAGCUGUACCGUCCUGGCAGUGUGGCCUAUGUGUCGCGUUCUGGGGGCAUGUCCAAUGAGCUCAACAAUAUCAUCUCUAGGACCACGGAUGGCGUCUAUGAGGGCGUGGCCAUUGGUGGAGACAGGUACCCUGGCUCAACGUUUAUGGAUCACGUGUUACGUUACCAGGACACUCCAGGAGUCAAAAUGAUUGUGGUUCUUGGAGAGAUAGGGGGCACGGAGGAGUAUAAGAUCUGCCGGGGCAUCAAGGAGGGCCGCAUCACCAAGCCCGUGGUCUGCUGGUGCAUCGGGACCUGUGCCACCAUGUUCUCCUCUGAGGUGCAGUUUGGCCACGCUGGAGCUUGUGCCAACCAGGCUUCUGAAACAGCAGUCGCCAAGAACCAGGCUUUGAAGGAGGCAGGAGUAUUUGUGCCUCGGAGUUUCGAUGAACUUGGAGAGAUCAUUCAGUCUGUGUACGAGGAUCUCGUGGCCAAAGGGGCCAUUGUACCAGCUCAGGAGGUGCCUCCCCCAACGGUGCCAAUGGACUACUCCUGGGCCAGGGAGCUGGGCUUGAUCCGCAAACCUGCCUCGUUCAUGACCAGCAUCUGCGAUGAGCGAGGGCAGGAGCUCAUCUACGCAGGCAUGCCCAUCACCGAGGUCUUCAAGGAAGAGAUGGGCAUCGGCGGCGUCCUCGGCCUCCUUUGGUUCCAGAGAAGGUUGCCCAAGUACUCCUGCCAGUUCAUUGAGAUGUGCCUGAUGGUGACGGCUGAUCACGGGCCAGCCGUGUCCGGAGCUCACAACACCAUCAUCUGUGCACGGGCUGGGAAGGACCUGGUCUCCAGCCUCACCUCGGGGCUGCUCACCAUUGGGGAUCGGUUUGGGGGUGCCCUGGAUGCAGCGGCCAAGAUGUUCAGCAAAGCCUUUGACAGUGGCAUUAUUCCCAUGGAGUUUGUGAACAAGAUGAAGAAGGAAGGAAAACUGAUCAUGGGGAUCGGUCACCGAGUGAAGUCGAUAAACAACCCAGACAUGCGAGUACAGAUCCUCAAAGAUUACGUCAAACAGCACUUCCCUGCCACCCCCCUGCUCGACUACGCGCUGGAAGUGGAAAAGAUUACAACCUCGAAGAAACCAAAUCUUAUCCUGAAUGUAGAUGGUUUCAUCGGAGUUGCCUUUGUAGACAUGCUUAGAAACUGUGGGUCCUUUACUCGGGAGGAAGCUGAUGAAUAUAUUGACAUUGGAGCCCUCAAUGGCAUCUUUGUACUGGGAAGGAGUAUGGGCUUCAUUGGACACUAUCUUGAUCAGAAGAGGCUGAAGCAGGGACUAUAUCGUCACCCAUGGGAUGAUAUUUCAUAUGUUCUUCCGGAACACAUGAGCAUGUAACUGAGCCAGGAACCCUGUUGCAGUAAAGUGAAGACAACUCCUCCCUUGGGAAAUGGCGUGCAGACAGCUGGCACUGGAGCUUGCUAUAGGAGGGGUCUGGGAUAUAAACAGCCUCUGGUGUGCAGGCACUGAAGACCAACACCCACAGGCUAACACGGUUCAGUCCACACUCAAAGAAGCUAUUUUUUUUUUUAUAAGCAUAGAAAUAAAAAACCAAGCCAAUACUUGUGACAUUUGCUCUGCUACUUGCUGUAUUUAUUACAUCAAAGCAUCUAAGCACUGUCAGGAUUGUGUUUUUCCUCAUUGUAGAGCUUUCUGAUGUUGCUUUCUUUUUUCCAUUAGUUAAAAACUUUUUUCCCUUGGAGGAAAGGAAUGAAACUUUACGACCUCAAGAUACUAUACAUUUAAAGCACCCCUACUGUCUCGUUUUUCCAUGUCCCUUUCUUCCUGCUCAUGUAACUUAAAGAGCAUUGUAUUAAUCUGAUCUUUUUAGGAUCUUUUUGUAUGUUCUAUAUUAAGGGUUUGUUUGGUAUCUCACUGAAAUGUUCCAUAUUGCAGACCAAAGUCUGCUUAUGUCAGGGGCUUGAGACCAUUGAAUCCUUACCCAUUGUCACAAAAUAUGUGGAGUAGUAAUUUAAAAUGUAAAGUUGUAACAUACAUGUUUAAAAUAGAAACACAAAGCAAAAAGCUGUGAAGUGUCUUUUGAGUCUUAUGUUCUCUGUAUUUAUGCAGCUGACUUGUCUGUCUGUUCCUGAAGUUGUGGGUCCAAGGACUCCUCUCUAGCCAGUUCGCAUAUGUAAUCCACAAAGAUUCUGGGCAGCUGCCACCUCAGUCUCUUCUCUGUAUUGUCAUAGUUUGGUUUGAAUAAACU